CGCGGAGCGCAGAAUACCAUGCCUUCUUCGUAUGAAGCGUCAUUCCCUUCUCGGCUCUCCGCCCCCAAUGUCGAUGCCGGUGUCAACUUUGAAAGUGAAAGUUGGCAAUGGCAAGACAAAAAUGUCAAUGGUGUUGAUUACCGCGUCGGCCACAAGGUCAUCGAGCAUGAGCAGCCCACUGCUUCUUUAACGCCAGCGUCCGCGACCACCUCCCAAGCGGGCCAAGUUCUGCCUCAAAUCAAAAUCGAACACAAAGCGAUCCACGUCGCCGGGUGGACCGUCACAGCCGUAAUUGGGCCCAUCGGUAAUGCGCAAGAGAUGGACGAAAUGGCAGACCUGCUCGGUAUACCUCCGCCAGAGAUGGUCUUUCCACACAACUCCCUCACCCUGCAUCAUGAGCCAACCGACACUUAUUACACCUUGAAUGCAACUGAUGCGCUCUGUAGCAUCAACGGUGUCCAUCCAAAAAACAAAGGCAAAGGAAAACUUCGCAAUCCUGGGGCUUCUACAGAGCUUGAAACGUCACUCCUGAAAGUCUCAUACGCGAAAGAGUGGGGCAAAAACCGGUCUCAAGGAGGCACCAUGCCACUUGCUUCUAACUCCAGAAAGUACGACUGGACGUACUCCUGCACAUGGGCCGGCUCCCUCUCUUCAGGAAUGCCAUCGUCCGAAUCUGCCGAGGGGGAUUUCGUUCCAGCAUCACAUCCAACACAAGACCGGAUUCCAGUUGAGAGGCUUGGCGCGGGCAGCGAGCCCAUCUUGUUUUUCAAUGAGAUGGUCCUGUUCGAGGAUGAGUUGGGCGACAAUGGUACGAGCGUAUUGUCGAUCAAAGUUAGGGUCAUGCCGUCCUGUCUCUUGGUUCUUCAGCGCUUCUUCCUCAGGGUAGACAAAGUCGCAUUCCGCAUCUUUGACACCCGACUCUUCGUCCCCUUCUCUACUGGUGCAUUCGCACCGAAUCCGGCCCACUCAUGCCGCAUCAUUCGCGACCUUCAGGGUGUCCAGUGGCCAUACGAUGCUCUUAGAGCGAAGCUGCCGCCGUAUAGACCAAACGACUUGUCUCCCCUCACAGAUCCGAAUUGGGUAGCACAAAUCAUGACAAAAUCACCCACACACGCCCUGAUGGGAGAUCAGUUACCACCAUGGCAAGGAGAGAGCGCUGUAGUUGAAUGCUUACAACGAUGAUUGCACUGGGGAAUAGCAACUGCAGGCAUUCAAAUUUCAUUUUUCC